AGAAAUACGAAGUACUUUCUUCUGUACAGCUGCAGCGCACGGCGGCAUCUCUCAUCAACAAGAAGCGUUCAACAACGAGAACCAUUCUAGCCUUUUCAUCCAAGCAGAACGGAAAAUGCCUCCCACGCGCCUCUCUUACCUGUUCGUAGCAGUCAUUGUGUUGUGGGCUUUAAUGACGUCGACGCUUCACGCGCAUGCAGCUCGCACGCAAGCCGAGUGUUUAGAUCUCGGUUUCGACAAGGAUGUGCUGCGCUGCACCUCUUGCGAGAAGCUGCUCAUGGUGACCCAAAGCACCGAGUUGCAGCAGGAGUGCUUAGGGUGUUGCGUUGCCAGCGACGACGACGCAGCCGCAGCAAACGCCAAGUACACCGCGGCACGCAUUGAGGGACGCAAUGUCUUUCAGAUGUUAGAGGCGUCGAGCAGGAGUCCCCUCAGCAUGUUUUACCGCACCUACAAGGAGCAGCCCUACUUUGAGCACCUUUCUUUUAACGACAAGUACUCUAUUCUGUAUCCGCAGAUCAUCCUCGUGGAUGACGAGGCAAAGGAUGCGGUGACGCUGCGCAUCUCGGGGUGGUCGCCGGAGACCCUGCAUAAGUUCCUCUCCAAGAAGAUUCAUGUGGACUAA